CGCUCUUCCCUCUGACGUGUCUCCCUCCCUCUCCUCGCGCCGCAUCGAUGCCGUUACCUCCCUCGGCGGUGACGACACCGCCCGCUGGUUCGGGUACAGCAUCCUCCUCCGAACGCGACCAUUUUGGACUCCGCCGUCCAGACCCAGCCCCAAGCCGCCCGUCAGCGGCCCCACACGGCCACCGCCUUACCCGGGUCGAUAGAGGACACCGAGUCCUUCUGUCUUGAUGGAGGCGGGAAGGCUCUGAUUAAAAAGGCGACGGAGCGCCACACGACACACUGCUAACAUCACAGCUGCGGUGGUCCAGUCGAGCCGGCAAGCGAAGAGCGGGCACCCCGAGGUGCUAAGCAAGGCAGCGCACCAUGGCGGGGGCCUCUGUGAAGGUGGCGGUCCGAGUCCGCCCUUUCAACUCCAGGGAGAUGAGCAAAGAGAGCAAAUGCAUCAUUCAGAUGUCAGGAAACACAACGACCAUCAUCAACCCCAAGCAGGCUAAAGACAACAAGAGUUUCAACUUUGAUUACUCUUACUGGUCGCACACCUCGCCGGCGGACGUGAACUACGCGUCUCAGAUGCUCGUCUACAAGGACAUCGGCGAGGAAAUGCUGCUGCACGCCUUCGAGGGUUACAACGUCUGCAUCUUUGCGUACGGACAGACGGGCGCCGGGAAGUCCUACACCAUGAUGGGCAAGCAGGAUGUCAAAGACCAGCAGGGCAUCAUCCCGCUGCUAUGUGAGGACCUCUUCACCAAAAUCAAUGACAACACAGACAACAGCAUGUCUUACUCUGUGGAGGUGAGCUACAUGGAGAUCUACUGCGAGCGCGUGCGCGACCUCCUCAACCCCAAGAACAAAGGCAACCUGCGGGUGCGCGAACAUCCUCUGAUGGGUCCCUACGUGGAGGACCUGUCUAAGUUGGCGGUCACCUCCUACAACGACAUACAGGACCUGAUGGACUCUGGGAACAAGGCCAGGACGGUGGCUGCUACCAACAUGAACGAGACCAGCAGUCGCUCACACGCCGUUUUCAACAUCAUCUUUACGCAGAAACGCCACGACGCUGACACAGACAAUACCUCUGAGAAGGUGAGUAAAAUCAGUUUGGUGGAUUUGGCGGGCAGCGAGAGAGCCGAUUCCACCGGAGCCAAAGGGACCAGACUGAAGGAAGGAGCCAACAUCAACAAAUCUCUAACCACGCUGGGAAAAGUCAUCUCCGCUUUGGCAGAAGUGGACUCUGGACCAAACAAGAACAAAAAGAAGAAGAAAGUGGAAAGUUUCAUUCCUUAUCGAGAUUCAGUGCUGACUUGGCUGCUCCGAGAAAAUCUCGGCGGCAACUCUCGCACUGCCAUGGUGGCUGCGCUCAGCCCGGCUGACAUCAACUACGACGAGACCCUCAGCACGCUCAGGUACGCUGACCGCGCGAAGCAGAUCCGCUGCAACGCCGUCAUCAACGAGGACCCCAACAACCGGCUGGUGCGCGAGCUGAAGGAGGAGGUGUCGCGUCUCAAAGACCUGCUCUUCGCUCAGGGCCUGGGGGACAUCAUCGAGAUGACCAACGCCAUGACGGGCAUGAGUCCUUCCCCGUCGCUGUCAGCCUUGUCCAGCCGCGCCGGCUCCAUCGCCAGCCUGCAUGACCGCAUCAUGUUCAGCCCGGCCAACGAGGAGGCCAUCGAGCGCCUGAAGGAAACGGAGAAAAUAAUUGCAGAGCUCAACGAGACGUGGGAAGAGAAACUUCGCCGGACUGAAGCCAUACGAAUGGAAAGAGAGGCCCUGCUGGCAGAAAUGGGCGUGGCCAUGCGCGAGGAUGGCGGCACGGUCGGCGUCUUCUCCCCCAAGAAGACGCCUCAUCUGGUGAACCUGAACGAGGACCCUCUCAUGUCCGAGUGCUUGCUCUACUACAUCAAGGAUGGAAUAACCAGGGUGGGACGGGUGGAUGCCGCGAGCCGCCAGGACAUCGUCCUCAGCGGCCACUUCAUCAAGGACGAGCACUGCACUUUCACCAGCGCCACAGGACCCCAGGGAGAAAUAGCCGUCGUCCUGGAGCCCUGCGAAGAAGCAGAGACCUACGUCAACGGCAAGAGGGUGACGGAGGCCACAGUCCUUAAAUCAGGAAACCGCAUCAUCCUGGGCAAGAGCCACGUGUUCCGCUUCAACCACCCCGUGCAGGCGCGGGCCGAAAGGGAGAGGACCCCGUGCGCCGAGACCCCCGCGGAGCCCGUGGACUGGGCCUUUGCGCAAAGGGAGCUGCUGGAAAAGCAAGGCAUUGACAUGAAGCAGGAGAUGGAGCAGAGGCUCCAGGAGCUGGAGGAUCAAUAUCGCAAAGAGAGAGAGGAGGCCAACAACCUGCUAGAGCAGCAAAGACUGGAUUACGAGAGCAAGCUGGAGGCCCUUCAGAAGCAGGUGGAUCGUUAUUACCCAGAACCUCCCGAGGAAGAGGAGGAGCCCGAAGAGGAAGCUCAGUGGAGCGAGCGGGAACGAGAGCUGGCGGAGUGGAGCUUUCGCAGGUGGAGGUGCUACCAGUUCACCUCCCUGCGGGACCUCCUGUGGGGCAACGCCAUCUUCCUCAAGGAGGCCAACGCCAUCAGCGUGGAGCUCAAGAAGAAGGUUCAGUUCCAGUUCGUGCUGUUGACAGACACCCUUUACUCGCCUCUCCCACCCGACCUGUUGCCGCCCGAGGCCAGCAAGGAGUGCGAGAGGCGAAUUUUUCCGCAAACCAUCGUGGCUGUGGAGGUGCAGGACCAGAAGAAUGGAGCCACUCACUACUGGACGCUGGAAAAACUCAGGCAGAGACUGGACCUCAUGAGGGAGAUGUACGACCGCGCCGCCGAGGUUCCCCCUACCGCCGCCGUUGCUGCGACGACGGGUCUGAAUUCCACCGCAGACGACGGCGAAGGCGCCAUGACGGGCGGCGACCCGUUUUACGACCGCUUCCCGUGGUUCCGUCUGGUUGGCAGAAAUCCUCUUUUCAACACGUGCAUGAGCGAGCGCGUGAGCGACCCCACCCCGUCCCCCACCCUCUCCGCCUCCGAGACCACCGACUCCCCUCAGGAGCAGGAGGCUCGCGGCGGGGGCGAGGACGACGACUCUGAGGAGCUGGACGACGAUAUCUUUUUGGAUGAGCCCUGUGUGGAGCUGGCGGGAGAGGAGGAGGAUGAGGAGGAUGAGGAUGAGGAGCGCGAACUGUGCCGAGGCUCCAGCGAAGGCCAGGAUCCCUUUUACGACCGCUCGCCAUUAUUCAGUGUAGUGGGAAGAUCGUUUGUGUACCUGAGCAACCUGCUGUACCCCGUUCCCCUGGUGCACCGCGUGGCCAUCGUGGGCGAAAAGGGCGACGUCAAGGGCUUCCUGCGCGUGGCGGUGCAGGCCAUAUCGGCCGACGAGGAAGCGCCCGACUAUGGCUCGGGGGUGCGGCAGUCCGGCACUGCCAAAAUCUCCUUUGAGGAUCAACAGUAUGAAAAGUUCCAGUCAGAGUCUUGUCCGGCAGGCCUGUCCCGUACCGGAGUCUCCCAGGAGGAGCUUCGCAUUGUUGAGGGCGAGGGGCAGAGCGUUGAGAUGGGACCCUCGGCGGACGAAGUCAACAAUAACACAUCCGGCGGUAAUGAAGACGACGCGGCAGAGAAGUCGGGAGUGGACGACCAAGUGGACGUGACGGCCGAGCAUCUAAAGAUCGGGAACGUUUUCACCUUCCGGGUGACCGUGCUGCAAGCGUCCAGCAUCUCUGCAGAGUACGCCGACAUCUUCUGCCAGUUCAAUUUCAUCCACCGGCACGACGAGGCCUUCUCCACAGAACCCCUGAAGAACACGGGCCGCGGACCCCCGCUGGGCUUUUACCACGUGCAGAAUGUCGCCGUUGAAGUGACCAAAUCGUUCGUGGACUACAUCAGCACUCAGCCGAUCGUCUUUGAGGUGUUUGGACACUACCAGAAGCAAGCAUUUCUUCCUCUAUGUAAAGACGUCAUCAGUCCACUUCGGCCCUGCAGGAGGCAGUUCCCCCGAGUGAUGCCGCUGUCCAAACCAGUGCCCGCCACCAAGCUGACGGCGGUGGCGCGCCCGCAGGUGGGUCCCCGCCACUGCAAGUACGACCUGAUGGUUUUCUUCGAGAUCUGCGAGUUGGAGGCCAACGGAGACUACCUCCCUGCUGUGGUGGACCACAGAGGAGGAAUGCCUUGCCACGGCACGUUUCUCCUGCACCAGGGCCUCCAGCGGAGAAUCACCGUCACCAUCGUGCACGAGUCCGGCGGCGACGUCGAGUGGAGAGACGUGCGAGAGCUCGUUGUGGGACGACUUCGCAACACGCCCGAAUCUGACGAGAGCAUCCUGGACCCCAACAUUCUGUCCCUCAACAUCUUGUCGGCAGGCUACGUCAGGCCCUUACACGACGACAGACAGUUUCUUGAUUCGGACAUGCCUAGGACGUUCUACCGCUUGGAGGCGGCGUGGGACAGCUCCAUGCACAACUCCUUGCUCCUCAACCGAGUCACGCCCUGCGGCGAGAAGAUCUACAUGACGCUCUCGGCCUACUUGGAGCUGGAGAAAUGCACGCAGCCGGCAGUGGUGACCAAAGACGUCUGCAUGGUCUUCUACUCUCGCGACACCAAGCUGUCCGCCCCGCGUUCCAUACGCAACCUUUUCGGCACGGGGAGCCUCAGAGCGGCGGAUGGAAACCGCGUGACAGGUGUGUACGAGAUGAGCCUGUGCAACCUGGCCGACGCGGGGAGCCCGGGCAUGCAGCGGCGCCGGCGGAGAGUGUUGGACACGUCGGUGGCGUACGUCCGCGGCGAGGAGAACCUGGCCGGGUGGAGGCCUCGCAGCGACAGCCUCAUCUUGGAGCACCAGUGGGAGCUCGACAAGCUCAGCCUGCUCCAGGAAGUGGAGAAGACCAAACAUUUCUUGCUGCUGCGGGAGAAGCUGGGGUCUACCCUGCUGCUGGCGGGUCGGGGGGCUCAGCACCGGGCGGAGGACGAGCCCGAGGACCCCUCGGCGGGCGUCGCUGACCUCACCGCCGAGAGGCAGCGAGAGCUCGCCAUCAAGUGUCUGCGGCUACUCACUCACUCCUUCGACAGAGAGUACACUCACGUGUGCGUCAGCGCCAGUGAGAGCAAGAUCUCGGAGAUGUCCGUCACCACGCCGAGAGACUCGGCCUCCAUUUCAGCCCUCAACACCAUCACGCCCUCGUCCACCUGCCCUUCUCUGGUGGAGGGUCGCUAUGGCAACGCCGAUCUCAGACCUCCCGCUCCUCGCUCCCGAGCAGUCAGCCCGACUCCCGAAGUGCAGCCCGACGCCGACGCCAAGAAGUGCGCGGGCGCAGCCUCGGAAGUGAAACCUCGCAUACGUAGAUUUGUCCCCGACAUCCAGGAGAUCCGAGUCAGUCCCAUUGUGUCCAAGAAGGGUUACCUGCACUUCCUGGAGCCGCACACCAACGGCUGGGUGAAGCGCUACGUGGUGGUCCGCCGGCCGUACGUCUACAUCUACAACACGGAGCGCGACGCCGUGGAGCGCGCCAUCCUCAACCUGUCCUCGGCGCAGGUGGAGUACAGCGAGGACCAGCAGGCCAUGCUCAAGACCCCAAACACGUUUGCCGUGUGUACGGAACACCGCGGAAUAUUGCUUCAAGCCAUGAGUGACAAAGACAUGCACGACUGGCUGUACGCCUUCAAUCCUCUCCUGGCAGGGACUAUCAGAUCCAAGUUGUCUAGAAGACGGGUGGGACAGAUGAGGAUGUGAGGAAAAAGACUCCACAUGUACAUAGACCACCACCGCCGCCGCCGCCGCCGCCGCCAUCUUCCUUCUUGCACACGCUCGCGUUCCUGGACGCCAUCUCGUGUCCGGACUUUUCUAAUCAGUCCCGUAGUCCGACGCCAUUCCGUGUGUGGUGAUGUCAUGUAGUCGUGUCAGUGGCGCUUUCGGCCUUAUACAUAAAAUACAUAACGCGUGUGUGCGCGUGCGUGUGCGUGUGCGUGUGGACUUGUAAUGGGACAAACAGGAAGUAACAAAAUUGGAAUGAGGACGGCUGUCUUAAAUGACCACAAAAAAAAAAAAAAAAGUAAUGUUUGCAAAAGAAUUGGGACACUCAGAAGUAAAAAAGUUGGAAUUUGGAUAAAAGUAUUGAAAUAUGGAGUCUGCACAAAAGUAUUGGGACACUUCCAGGAAGUUCAAAAACUCGGCGGUUUGGACAAUAGUAUCGGGACACUAAUAGGGAAUGGAAAAAUUGAAGAAAAUGUCAAAUUUGGGCAAAUAUAUUGGGACACUCGGAUUGGGAUUUACUGUAUUUAUUUAUUUAUUUAUUUCAGUUGACCUUUUUGGACUUGGCUGGAAAAGGAAGGACCUUCUUUGAAUUCGCGAUUUAUGAUUUCAUUGACAGGUGUGUCCUAAUACUUUUGUCUCUCCAUAUGCGUACGGUAAAAAUGCGUUUAGUUGUUUUAAUUUAGCCGACAAACGUUCUCACACGCUGCCUCCACGUUGGCGCACGUGCACUCGCACGAAUACGACAGCGACGCCACGCUCCUCAUCACCUAUCACUUUUUAUUUAUGUAUUUAUUUCCGUCUGCACGCGUUUAUUUAUUGAGGGGGGAAAAAAAAAACGUUUACAUUAUAUUUGUAAAGUGGUGCAAUUUCUGCACGCGGCACUUUGGAAGGCGCUCCCUCCCAUGUUUUUUUUUUUUUUUUUAAUUCUUUUUUCAAAUAAUAAUAACACAACCACACUUUUACUUGAACGAAUCCCUUCCACCCCUUUAAGUUGUCAGGCCAGUAGAACGUAGUAUAAAAGUAUAUACAUAUAUAUAUAUAUAUAUAUAUAUAUCUACAGUAUAGAGUACUGUAUAUGUAUUAAUGUGCAUAUGGAUGACAUGUAGUGCCUCACGGUUGCUUUCGAUUGGACAACCUUCACGCUGCUAUGAAUCGUGCUUUUCAUCCCUACACCAUCAUCAUCGUCGUCGUCGUCAUCAUGUACACAAACUUUUAGUAUCAGUAAAAUCUCAAUCUGACAAUUUUGGAUUGACUAAUUUGUAGGAAAGUACGUCCUCAAAGCAGGAGAUUGAUUCAAAGAUUCAACCGUACAGCGAGUGGCUCGCUUCAGUUUCAUUUUUAUUUUAUGCCAUGAUUUCAUGUACUUAUUUGAGAACAUUUUACCCCGGUUGUACUUCGCCUUUUGUCGGAAAUCCCGAAACGGGAUCGGCGGUAUGGAAAAAUGCACGGAUUAAUUAAAAAAAAAAAAAACACGAGAAUUAAAAUUAAAUGAAUAAGUAAAAGCAGGAUCGGCUGUAUAGAAAAUGCACGGAUGAAUAAAAAAAUACAUUACAAUUUAAAUAAAAAUAAAUAAAAGCAAGUACGACGAGUAUAUUUGAAUUAAAUUAUAUUAAAAAAAAUGUAAUUAGGUGUUUUAUUACAAACAUUUCAUUUAAGUAGAGAUCUAAUGAGAAUUUUUGAAAUUAAAUGAAAUGUUUUGUAUUCAACAUUUCAAAAACAUUUUAAUGAGAAUCAGAUUUGAAAUGUCAAGACAAUUUUCUCGUGCAAUUUUUGGGAGCAAAUAUUUUUCCUCAAAUUCCAAUUCUUUCCGCAUUUCGCAUCCUCCUCAUUGGUGGUACAUAUUUAAAAUGAAAUGACAAAUAUGUAAAUGACACAUGUGCUAAUUCUGCACCCGAGAUGGUCAUUGAAGCAAAGUCUAAAUUAAAAUAAUUUUUCUGCACAUUUUAAAGCAGAUUUUUUUCCCCCUGAACAUUUCCAUUUUUAAUGGACUUCGGAGGUUCUUCUGUACUCGACUGAGCCCACCCCCAAAAUUUAAACUGAGAUAGCCAAGCCCCCCACGGCCCCAGUGAGGAUGAGCGGGACAGGAAAUAGAUGGAUGGAACAUAAGAUUUUUGUUUUAUUUUCUAAUUAUUAAUAUUAUUAGUUUACAUUUAAUCAAUUUUUCAAUUUCUUAGAUGAUGUGAGCAUGCCUCAGGUCAGCCAACAUGACGGCAUAACACAUAAAAAAAAAAAAAAUUACAUUCCAGCUCAUUGCUUCUCAAACUUUUUAUAGCAAGUACCAUCGAAAAUAAACAAUUUAUCAAAACAUAAAAAACAAGGAAGAGGUUUUACUCCUAAAAAGUAUCUGUAAUAUUAUUGGAAAUCUACUGCAACAAUAUGCAGUUUAAACAUAAACUGUGCCUCAAUAUAGGAAAAUAUUUUCAAAAAUGUCCUUAAAGAGUCAUAAACUUCAAUACAAAAGGAAGAAGUUAAUGUAUCAUGAACAAUUUAAAUCUGUAUGAAAAUAUAAAAAAAAAAAUUCAAAACUGUUCUUAAUGAUACAUAGAUCACCUCUUGCAUCAUGCAUGUAAACGUUAGGUACAACUGCGCUGUACUUGAUUAAAAAAAAAAAAAAAAAGUACACGCGCCCCCACCCCACUUUGUGAC